ACCAAACCAAUAAUUUGGGGGGGAAAUCUCCAAUUGCGGCGGCCGCCGGGAAAUAAAAGAAAUAAUUUGUCCCGAUUUUUCCCCACCCCCAAUUCCAACUCGCCGGCGGCGGCCCGGUCUCGCCGGAACUCUACCCGAGGUGAGUCCCCCCGCCGUCUGCCCCCGGAUCAGCUUCAUUUCCUCGAAAAUUUCUCGCCCGCGCCCGAAUCCGCCACCACGCCGAUUUGGUCCGAGCUCGCCGGGAUUCGCGGCGGGCUCGCUCCCGGCCCGGAGAAUCCCCGCCCGGGCUUGCUCGGAGCUCGGCUCCGAGGGCCGGUUUCGUGAGCCGUGCCGCUGAAUUCGGCCGUGGAGCGGUGGGGGGUAGCUCCUGGAAGUGCUCGAGCGCUCGUUUCGAGCGGCGAGCUCGGCCGCCGCGGAUCGCUGGAGCCCGGCGGCGGCGGCGCCUAGGGUUUGGUCUUCCCGGAGCUGCUCGGCGGGAUCGUUCGCGGGGCUGCAUUUGGCGCCGGCGGCGGCGAGAUGCAGCCGCCGCGCAAGAAGUUCGCGCGCGUCGACACGCUCGGGCUCAAGGCGCGGAUCGUCAAGCGGCUCGGCCACCAGCGCGCCGAGCUCUACUUCCACGGCCUCAGGAGGUUCCUGGGAUGUCAGCUGGGCAAGGCCGAGUUUGAGAAGAUCUGUGUUGCUGCGUUCGGGAAGGAGAACAUCAAGCUCCACAAUUUCCUCGUCCGGUCCAUCCUCGGCAAUGCGUGCACGGCGGAUGGGCCGCCGCCGAGCAAGCAGGCGCCCACCGGGAACUCGCAGACGAGCACGGUGACCAAUGGGACGCUGACCAACGGCUUGCUGCCGGCGAGGAGAGGGACGCCUCUGACCAAGAGGUUUGGUGACAAGCCGAGCCCGAUCGGCAAGUCUCCGCUCGGUCAUCCGGGGACUGGGGAGUUUGUGUCAGCUGGUAGCAAGGCGCUGCAGGAGGUUAUCUCUGUGGAGGAUGGUGAGGAAGUCGACCAGGCCCGGGGUAGUCCAGUCUGCGUGCAGAGCCCGAGCCCGAUCAGGGCUCCGCUGGGAGUUCCAAAGGCUCAGAAUUCUCAGCCUUCGAAGUCUUUCUCUUUAGAUGUGUGCUACAAUAGUGGCGAGUUGCCAGAUUCUCAGUCGCUGUCCAAGCUACUUGAGGAUAAGUUGAAGGCUCAAGGUCUCAGCGUGCCCAAAGAGAGUGCUGAUGUGUUGAACUCUGGGUUGAAUGUGUACAUGAGUCAGAUGUUGAAGGCUUGUUUAGGUGUUGCGAAAGCAAGGGGAAACAACAUGAGGAUGCACCAAGCAAAUGGGCGUACUGCUGCUGCUGUAACUAGUGGGCAGAACAACGGCUUUCCCUCGGAAUCAGGUUGUUCUUACCAAGCUUCGCUGCUUGAUCUCUGGGCGGCAGUGCAAUCCAAUGGUCGAUUAGUGCCAUAUGGUCUGCAGCGGGAGAAGAUUGCUUCUCAUCUCCACAACAGUUGAUUGAAGGCAGCUAGUUUUCCUUUGAUUUGUAUCAGACCUUAUGUUGGACAAGUGUAGGAAGUAUAUUGCAGCACCACUAAUCUUGCUGUAGAAACUAUAGGUAGUUAGGUUGAGUUAAAAGUGGAGUUUGAGUGUAGGACUGGGUAGUGUACCCAUUGUUGGUGAGGAUGAUACUUCUUAGGAUGCAGUACAUGAUAGUGACCAGUGAGCUUCAUUUACCUGUGAUUAUUCACCAUAAUGAUACUACUACUAAUAAUAAAAGAUUCUGGAAUCUGUCUUGGCUUCUUUUCAA